AUGGGGCUGGUGGGAACGGCGGCUGUGCGGGAUGGCGGCGCCGCGCUGCCCCACGGCUUCUGGGCGGCGGUGCGCGUCUGGCUGGAGAAGCCGCAGGUGGCCAACAGGCGGCUGUGCGGCGCCGCCAUCGAGGCGGAGGGGAUGGUGCCGCUCGGGGAGGGCGGGGAACCGUCUCCCCCUCUGGCCGCCGUGUGGGGAGGCGGGAGCGGCGCGGGGCAGGAGGGGCGAGCGGCGUCUGCCGGGGCUGCGGAGCUGGGCCGGCUCUGGAGGGAGGUCCGCGGAGAACUGCCGGCGGGGCGCGGGAAUCUGCCGCCGCCCCUCACGCCAUGGGGUGUGCCAGGCCGUCGCUCCGAGCUCCGUGCCGUGCUGAGGACGCUGCUGCCCCGGGGGCGGCCUGGCAGCCCGCCCGCCCCGCCGACGAAGGAGCUGGCGGUCCAAGAUUUUUACAAUGGAACUGUGACCUUUCUGCCUUUGGAGGAAAACAGUGAAGGAAAAUAUCAGAUUAAAAAGUGCAAUAUUUAUCAAGUUCAACUUACACACAUAAAAGAUGAGGAAUGGUCUGUGUCUAUUGUAGUUCCAGUUCCAGAAGAUUGGUUUUCAGAUGGAAUCUCAUACCCCAAACUAGCAUGGCUUGGAAAUGAACUUUUGUCCAAACUGGCUAAAUGGUCUGUGGAGCAAAAGCCCAAUGAGUUUAAAAGUACACUCUCGCUCAUUUCUAUAGUAAAAUACAGCAAAGUUUAUCAAGACCUUAAAGAAAAAUACAAAGACAUGGUAAAGGUGUGGCCUGAAGUGACAGAUCCUGAGAAAUUUGUUUAUGAAGAUGUUGCCAUUGCCACUUACUUGCUGAUUCUUUGGGAAGAAGAGAGGAAGGAAAAAGGAUUGACCAAGAAACAGUCAUUUGUAGAUCUUGGAUGUGGAAAUGGUCUACUGGUUCAUAUUCUAAACAAUGAAGGGCAUUCAGGUAGAGGAAUUGAUGUGAGGAGAAGAAAAAUAUGGGACAUGUAUGGACCAGAAACUCAUUUAGAGGAAUCUACAGUCAUGCCAGGUGACAGUCAUCUCUUUCCAGAUACUGACUGGCUUAUAGGAAACCAUUCAGAUGAAUUAACACCAUGGAUACCUGUAAUUGCAGCUAGGUCUUCCUAUUUGUGUUGCUACUUUGUGCUGCCAUGUUGCUUCUUCGAUUUCCAUGGAAAAUACAGCCGAAGACAAAGCAAGAAAACUCAGUACAGAGAGUAUCUUGAUUUUGUUUCCCAAGUGGGAUUUGUAUGCGGCUUUCACGUGGAGGAAGAUUGCCUUAGAAUUCCAUCAACAAAAAGGGUGUGCCUUAUUGGAAAAAAUAGGACCUAUCCACCUACGGAACAUGCUCUGAUUGACAAGCAGAUAACACAGUAUAUUAAUAAUCGUCAGACCUGUGCUGUGGUCAUGUGUGACAGAAGAGUUGGAUUUAAUCAUAAAGAUCACUCUGAUGGUCUGUGCAAAGAAGCAGGCUCAGAACUUCCUGACAGUGAAACUGAUACUGCUGGUACAAUUUGGAUGCCUGGAUUUCAACCCAGAGAAAAAGUUGAACAAAUCAGAAAUUGUGCUUCCCUUCCUCGGGAUUUUGUAGAUGAUGUGGUUCUCAGUGUGGCAAACUUGCUGUUAAAUGCAACCCCCCAAAAAUCAUGUUCUAAUAUGCAUGGUGGAAAUAUGAAUACCUGGAAUCGAGGAGAAAGCCUUUCCUUGAAAGAAGUAGCAGAACGCUUGAAUAAAGAGACUUUAAAAAGGCUAAAGAGUGAAUAUGGAGGCCUGCAGACACUACUCAAGAACAAUCAUCAAGUGUUUGAAGUUCUAAACGGGCGAGUUCAUAUUCGUGACUGGAGAAAAGAGAAACCAUCAAGGAAAACUAAGCCUGAAGUGAAACGACGCCUUUCAGCUGAAGCAUUUAAAACACGUCUCUGUUGGUUUUUCAUUCAUCAUCCUGAUGGUUGUUCUUUGCCUUCUGAAUCCUGCCCAUAUGCUCAUGGGACUGAGGAGCUAAGGCAGUCUCAGAUUAUUAAAAAGAAAAAACAUAUACAGUAAUAAAAUGCUGCCACUUAUGUUUAAGCUUGUGUACAUAACUGAAUCUGUGAUUUACUUUGGGACUGCCUAGUGUAUGAAGAUCUAUUUU